GCGGCUCCUGUCAGCGGGUGAAAUGGCAGCCACGGAACCGGCAGCGGCCGCGGUCCCGGGGGGCGGCUGAGGGGGCCGGGCCGGGGCUGCGGGCAAGCGGCGCAGCGGGGAUCCGGCGGCCCGGCCCGGGAAGGCGAGGCUCGGCACGGCGAUGGCGGCGCUUUCGGCGCAGAGUUGUGACCCAGCCCUACUCGCCAUUGACAAGCCUGCCCACCAUGGCAAGCCCCACUCUGAGCCCUGACUCCUCAUCCCAGGAGGCCCUGUCAGCCCCCACCUGCUCCCCGACCUCUGACUCCGAGAACCUCAGCCCCGAUGAGCUGGAGCUGCUAGCCAAGCUCGAAGAACAGAACCGGCUCCUGGAAGCCGACUCCAAGUCCAUGCGCUCCAUGAACGGCUCGCGGAGGAACAGCGGCUCCUCGCUGGUGUCCAGCUCCUCAGCCUCCUCCAACCUGAGCCACCUGGAGGAGGACACGUGGAUCCUGUGGGGCCGGAUCGCCAAUGAGUGGGAGGAGUGGCGGCGCAGAAAGGAGAAGCUGCUCAAGGAACUGAUCCGAAAGGGCAUCCCGCACCACUUCCGGGCCAUCGUGUGGCAGCUUCUGUGCAGUGCCACAGACAUGCCAGUCAAAAACCAGUACUCAGAGCUGCUCAAGAUGUCAUCACCAUGCGAGAAGCUGAUCCGCAGGGACAUCGCCCGCACCUACCCAGAGCACGAGUUCUUCAAGGGCCAGGACAGCCUGGGCCAGGAAGUCCUCUUCAACGUCAUGAAGGCGUACUCCCUGGUAGACCGGGAGGUGGGCUACUGCCAGGGCAGCGCCUUCAUUGUGGGCCUGCUCCUCAUGCAGAUGCCCGAGGAAGAGGCCUUCUGCGUGUUCGUGAGGCUGAUGCAGGAGUAUCGGCUGCGGGAGCUCUUCAAGCCCACCAUGGCUGAGUUAGGGCUCUGCAUCUACCAGUUCGAAUACAUGCUGCAGGAGCAGCUCCCAGACCUCAACACCCACUUCCGCUCCCAGAGCUUCCACACGUCCAUGUACGCCUCGUCCUGGUUCCUCACGCUCUUCCUGACCACCUUCCCACUGCCCGUCGCCACCCGCAUCUUCGACAUCUUUAUGUAUGAGGGGCUGGAGAUCGUGUUCCGGGUGGGCCUCGCCCUGCUGCAGGUGAACCAGACAGAGCUGAUGCAGCUGGACAUGGAGGGGAUGUCCCAGUACUUCCAGAGGGUGAUCCCCCACCAGUUUGACAGCUGCCCAGACAAGCUGGUCCUCAAGGCCUACCAAGUCAAGUACAACCCCAAGAAGAUGAAGAGGCUGGAGAAGGAGUAUGCAGCCAUGAAGAGCAAGGAGAUGGAGGAGCAGAUAGAGAUCAAAAGGCUUCGGACUGAGAACCGGCUCCUGAAACAACGGAUUGAGACCCUAGAGAAGGAGAGCGCUGCUCUGGCUGAUAGGUUAAUCCAGGGGCAGGUGACACGGGCUCAGGAGGCCGAGGAGAACUACGUCAUCAAACGGGAGCUGGCAGUGGUGCGGCAGCAGUGCAGCUCGGCGGCCGAGGACCUGCAGAAGGCUCAGAGCACCAUCCGCCAGCUGCAGGAGCAGCAGGAGAACCCACGCCUCACCGAGGACUUUGUGUCCCAUUUGGAGACAGAGCUGGAGCAGUCGCGGCUGCGGGAGACAGAAACCCUGGGUGCCCUUCGGGAAAUGCAGGACAAGGUUCUAGACAUGGAGAAGAGGAACAGCUCGUUGCCCGAUGAAAACAACGUGGCGCGGCUGCAGGAGGAACUGAAGGCGCUCAAGGUGCGGGAAGGCGAGGCCGUGGCCUCAGCGCGGGAGCUGAGACUGCAGCUGCAGGAGCUGUCAGACACCUGGCAGGCCCAUCUGUCCCGCGGCGGCCGCUGGAAGGAGUCCCCGCGGAAGCUGGUCCUGGGCGAGCUUCAGGACGAGCUGAUGAGCGUGCGACUGCGGGAGGCCCAGGCCCUGGCCGAGGGCCGCGAGCUGCGGCAGCGCGUGGUGGAACUCGAGACGCAGGACCACAUCCACCGCAACCUGCUGAACCGCGUGGAGGCGGAGCGCGCGGCGCUGCAGGAGAAGCUGCAGUACCUGGCGGCGCAGAACAAGGGGCUGCAGACACAGCUCAGCGAAAGCCGCCGCAAGCAGGCCGAGGCCGAGUGCAAGAGCAAGGAGGAGGUGAUGGCCGUGCGCCUGCGGGAGGCGGACAGCAUGGCCGCGGUGGCCGAGAUGCGGCAGCGCAUCGCCGAGCUGGAGAUCCAGAGGGAGGAAGGCCGCAUCCAGGGCCAGCUGAACCACUCAGACUCGUCGCAAUACAUCCGCGAGCUCAAGGACCAGAUCGAAGAGCUGAAGGCCGAGGUGCGGCUGCUGAAGGGCCCGCCGCCCUUCGAGGACCCACUGGCUUUCGACGGUCUGAGCCUGGCGCGGCACCUGGAUGAGGACUCGCUGCCGUCAUCGGACGAGGAGCUGCUCGGCGUGGGCGUGGGCGUGGGCGCGGCCUUGCAGGACGCACUCUACCCUCUGUCCCCUCGCGACGCGCGCUUCUUCCGCCGUCUGGAGCGGCCGGCCAAGGACAGCGAGGGCAGCUCAGACAGCGAGGCCGACGAGCUGGCCGCGCCCUAUAGCCAGGGUCUGGACAACUGAGGGCGUGCCCCGCGCGCCCAGAGCCGGGAGGCAGCAACUGCCACCGCCGGGGGGCUCCGGGGCAGUCCGCGGCCAGCUCCUCCACCGGCCGCUCUGAACACACUUCAUGCCAGGCAACGCGCAGAGGGCAGGACCCGGGCCUGAGGCGCCUCAGGACCCCCAGCAGGCUGUCCCUCCCCAGCAGUGUUUACCCAUCUUGGUUGUACCGCUCCGGGCCCUCCUGCGCUCCAGGGUGCCGAGGCCAGUUACCUGCAGGGACUGCCCUCUUAACAGUGAAGGCUGGGGACCGAAGACCCAGGGGCACCAGGACUGAUGAGCAGGAAGCCCCCUCCUCCCAGCAAACUUCCUUCUGGGACAAGGGAGGCCCUGCUGGGAAGGGCCCAGGAGCUGGAGGAAGCCUGAGGAAGGAGGGGCAGCUCUGGGCUGAAUGUUAGCACCCCACGAUGCUCCUCGCAACACGGUCAUCCUUGACCAGCCCUUGGCUGCCGGGGACAGAUGGCCAGGCUGGGCUUUCCUGCCUGGUGCAGGCAUAGUGGCCCCUGCAGCAGAAACCAAAGUCCCCCCUACUGUAUGCAGGGCCACCUGGGGUGUGAGUGGCCUGUGGGAACCAGCCCAGGCCUGGGCAGUGUUUUCCCGUUUCUCUGAGGCCACAGCAGCUGCAAGGAAGUAAAGAGACCCCUCUCCCCAGCACCCCACAUCUUCCUGUGGGAGACACAUCACCUCGUCCUGGCCAGUGAUGGAAGGGUACCCUCUCUGUGGGGGUUCUCAGCCUCCAUCCACUUCCCUCCUUUCCUGUGUCCGCAGCCCCACCCUCAGGCCAGGGCCAGGCCCCAGGGAAGCAGCUUCUCAAGGGAAUUGGCUUCCCUUACCUUGUGAUGGUCCCGUGGUCUCUGCUGAAUCAGCGCUGAGAACGGUGCCAAAGUCCAGUGAAGCCCCCCAGACCCCUUCCUCCCCCCAGCCCCUGGGGCCUCAUGACCCUCGGGGCUGACCCUCUCGGUGCUCCUGGAGCCUGGAGUAGGGUGAUGUCACAAGCAGUCUCCCUGGCGCUUCCAGGGGUGGGGACCCCUGUUCAGUGCCCCCUUCCUGGUCACCCACUCUUCAGUGUUACAAAGCCUGGGGACCAGGGCGGGCACCGUCAGGGCUCUCCCACGUGCCCCCCACACUGCCCACCACCAUUUUGCACACUGUCUGUUCACACUCCACGUGUCGCCCAGGCGGGAAAGAAGGAAAAUAAAGUGUAUUUACACAGUCA